AUGCCACGGGACAAUAGUCGAAGGAGGAAUCGGCAUCGACGACAAGAACUCAGUGAUUUCGAGCUUGCACAGCAGAAAGUAAGAGAACUAGAAGAACAACUUGCUGAAAAGGAUAUUCGCUUGAAAAAUGAGGCAAAGCAAUUGAAAAGAAAGUAUGGACUUAGUGUGAAUCCAGAGCAUGACGACUUAAGUCCAUCACCAUCAGAUGAACAUUAUGGACCACCUGUUAUGAUUGGAGUUCGAAGCGAUCGUUCAGGCGGUUCAAGCGAAAGAUCGGAUGACUCUUCUUUGAUUCGAAUCAACGAACCCAACCCUUAUAACGGCUCUCCUCCACGUUUCGAAUAUCCACAGAACUUCCGAAACUCCGGCUAUCAAUUUGACGGCCCACCAAUGGCGAACAACCCUGGUCUCUACGAUCGUCCACCAGAAUAUCAGACAUUUGAGCAUCUGGUCCCACCACAUCAGUUUUGUCAUGAAAACAUUGAUGUGAGAGUUGAUGAAAUGCCAAGAUGGCCAAUGCAAGAAUCACCCCAUAGUGAGGACUACGAUAUUCCGGAAGAGCCACGAUCUUUCUCGCCAACACCAAUUUGGAGACAUGAACAAGAUGUUCAAGUGGAGCCCAUGCCUAUUUUUCCAAUGGAUGGAGAAGACGGAGAGGAGCCUGCCGAGUUUCUUACCAAGAGAAACCGCGAGGAAAAGGUUCGUCUUCAGAUGAUCAUGAUUGCGCAGCAAGCAGAAGAAGCCGAAAGAGAAGCGAGACUAGCUCGUCACCUUCCACGAGCUUCAAGAAAAACGGAGAAAGAUAAAGAACUCGAAGAAAGUCGAAAAGCUCGGGAGACAGUAAGAGAGUAUCGUGAGAAAGCACUACAAGAAAUACGCCAAAAGGAGAAAGAGAAAGAUCUGAAAAGGCGAGAAAUUGAACGAGAGAAACGACAUGAAUUGAAAAGAAAACAAGAAGAUGCUGAAUUGGAGAAGAGGAAAUUAGAUAGAAUCAAACAAGAUAAUCUUCUGAAACAAGCAGAAUGUGAUGAAUUCUUCUUGAAAUACUUGACACCUGCAAUUGGAGCCAUCGAGUCUAAAUCAUCAAGAAUCGAGGGAAAAAAUCCAACGGAAUACGUUUCUAAAUGUCAUGCUGUCAAUAUACCUAAGGAACUCUUAUAUGGAUCCAAAAUUGGUGAAACGAGAGGAGACGGAUACAAAGGAGCGAUUAUGAACUACAUGGAAAAGCUCAUCGGUUUUGGUGUCAUCACAGAACAAACGCGUAAAUUGAUGAAGCGAAUCGAGAAGUUGCCAAAAUUCGUUGCUGAAUUGGUUGAGCCUUUGUGCAAUGAUAUUGCAAUAUAUGGCACCCAAAUCAGCGUGACCGACACUCGUGAUAUGAGAAGCAAAUUUGAAUCAUUCGCAAAGGAAAAAAGCACGGAGUUCUGGAACGAAGCGACAAACAAGAAGAAAUUGGCCGAUUUUCUGAAAAGAUACGAUAGGAAACGUUCUCGAUCUCGGGACCGGGAUCGUGAUCGUGAUAGGAAAAAAAACACAAACGAUCGGGAUCGAGUACGCCCCCAGAAGACACCAUCUCCAUCAAAUGAGGAAUCUCUGAAAAUGCUAUUCGCUACUGCUGGAAAUGGAAUCUCUCCAUUGACCUCCAAUUCCUCAAACUUGAAUUUGAAUACAAUUCCUGUUGUCAAUGGUCCUCCUGUCGUAAAUCACUACCUUUCACCACAAUCAACAAUUCCACCGCUUAUGUCCGUGUCGGUGGCUAAUAUGUCAGCUGCAAAUCAACAAUUCCCGCAAAUGAUGAAUCAAUUCAUGCAACCAUCUCAAACAUUCUACCCUCCACAACCGCAACAGUUCGAUACUCAACUUAUGAAUGGAUAUACUCAAUAUCAACAAACACAUGUAGCAAUGAUGCAUCAACAGAUGCCACAACAUCAACCCGAAUUUAUAUAUCAACUACCGCCCCCUCCACAACCGCCAGUUAUUCCGCCCAACUUGCCAACGAAUCGUGACGAUGAUGCAGAUCUAAUGGAUGAAAUAUUUACAUAA